AUGCCCUGUGGUCAUGUCGCUGGAUUCCGCUGUCUACACCACUGGAUGAGUGGUCGACGGUUCUACUGCCCAUUCUGCAAGUUUUCUUUCCGUCAUUCCAAAUGCGGACAUAUAAGGAUGCCUCAUGUCCUUGACAUUGAGAGUAUUCUGACGGUUCCCAAGACUAUACCGGAGGGUGGGCGCUUUCACGAUUACUGCAAAGAUUGUAGACUCCAGCGGGAGGACGUCAAUGAGAUCAUCAAUGUAUGGGAGCUGAAGCUGAAGUUCAUCCAGGCUCGAGAAGCACUCGAGCAGAACGGUGGAGAGCAAAAUCUCUUCAUCGAAAUAAGACCAAUAUAUAAUGUAAAUGAUCAAGUUAAAUCACGGGUUAUCUUCUACGCUGAGGUGCUGGGCUGGAAGCAUCCAAGCAUUCUUGCGAAUCAUAAUCUCGAGAAUGGGAAGGCGGGUUGA